UCUUCGUGUCACUUACACGCGCCCACAAAUAUACGCCUUCUCUCUCCCUCCCUCUCUCUCUCUCUCUCAGUGACAAAAUCAGAAGACCCCACUGCACCUGAAUCUUGAAGGAAGAGAUGGUGAGCAAGUGCAGGAGAAUUGCAGAGGUUGUUGCAGUAAUGGAAAUGGCUCAGGUUGGAGUCACGACAAGAGCUCGAGCAGCGUUGGCCAUGGGAAUAGCUGCUGCCACGACUUCAGCCGAAAGAAAACCCAAGAGAAGGAGGAUCAACAACGAAGAACACAAAUUCUCAGCAUCUUCAUCGCUCGUUCAGCUUACGGGAAGAAGUCGCCCUGAUGUCAUUCAACCGAAAGCCGAGGAGCGAUGCUCCAGUCCUACCUCCGGUGAACUCCCCUCAUCAUGUUGUUCGAGCAAUGGAUCCAUCGGACUUGAUGAAGAAAGAAUCGAAUUCGUAGAUCUGGAGGUAGAUAGCGCGCAAGUUGAAUCAUCGACGUGUAAUUACGGUGACGAAAGAGAGAUGAGCCUAUCCAGCGAGCUCAGCGGACCAAAUUCAGAAGACGUGAAGCCACCGGAGACCAACGCUCGUCGUAUAUCAACAGUGCAAAAGAUGCCGACGGAGUUGGAGCUCGAAGAAUUCUUCGCUGCAGCGGAGAAUGACAUUCACAAAAGCUUUGCAGAGAAAUAUAAUUACGACAUUGUGAAGGACGUGCCGUUGGAAGGACGUUACGAGUGGGUUCAAAUAAAGCCAUGAAGGUGUGAACCCCUCUUCUCCAAAGCCAAGGUUCAAGAAUUAAAGAAGAUAACGACCUAAACUAGUCCUUCCUGUCUCUAGAAGAUUAUUAUGCGCUUAGCUAAGGUCGUUCUAGUUCUACUUCUGCCAUGACUGUACUUGGGUACAGGCAGCCAGUGACUGUAUCUUCUUUUUCGUCUUCUGCUUUCCCCCCCGUUUUUUUUUUUUUUUUGGGUUUAGGUUUUUACCCCAUGACGCUAAAUUCCUUCAUCUUUCUUGUCUUUUUCUUUCCUUUAAAUUCUGCAAUGACUUUUCCUUCUUUUAA